UGCGCCUCAGCUUAUAUAUAUAUAUGAACUAGGUAUGUUAUACAGUGAGGUGCGAGUUUCUCGACUAUCGAGGAGAGGAUGCUCAUGACAGUAUAGAGAGGAAAGAAGAGACAUCGAUAACAAAUGAGCGAGGAAAUUUUUUUUUCCUCGUUUUUCCACUUCAAUUCAAAUUUAAAAGCGAAGCUCUCUCCAUUUUCUCUCCCUCUUCUACUGGUGUGAGUCGUGUGACGUUCGUGUUCCACAUUCAUUUUCCUUUGGUUGCUCUCAAAAGUUAGGGCAAAUCAAAUUGCUGAAUUUCUGUUGCUGUGAUUGAUUCCCCGGAGCUCUCGGAUAGUUGGUUGUUUGUUUUGAUCUUUCACUUUGAAUGGCGGCCGCCAGCUCUUAUGAAGAGGCUCGCAAGCAGCACCUUGAAGAAAAUAAAAAACGGCUUGAAGAUUUGGGGAUUUUGAAAAUUUCUCAGAGUUUAUCACUUCUCACCAAUUCUAACAGCAAGUCUCAGAAGCGUCCCCAAAAGCCUAAGCCGGAGGGCGUUUACAUGUUGGAGCCAAGACGCUCUUCACGGGUCCGCAACUCUGUUGCUUCAUAUUGCGACGAAGUUGACAUAAGCCUUCCACCUUUGCGAAAAAGGUCAAAGUUAAAUUCAUCAUGGGCAAGCUAUCUUGCAAGGCCAUUGAAUGAAGUUAGAACUGCUUCUUAUGAAGAAAGGGUUCAUGCUAUCAAGGCUGCAGAGGAGAUCCAAAGCAAUCUACAGUCUGGAAAUCCAUCUUUUGUCAAAUCAAUGGUUCGAUCUCAUGUUUAUAGCUGUUUUUGGCUGGGGCUUCCUUCCAAGUUUUGUGGGGAUCAUCUACCAAAAACGUUAUUGGACAUGGUAUUAGAAGAUGAGAAUGGUACAGAAUAUGGGGCUGUCUAUAUAGGCAAGAGGACUGGGCUUAGUGGUGGUUGGAGAGGAUUUGCACUAGAUCAUAAACUGGAUGAUGGUGAUGCUUUAGUAUUUGAAUUGAUUGAGCCAGCAAGAUUCAAGGUUUAUAUAGUGAGAGCAUCAGAAGUUUCAAGUAAAAAAAAUGAUGCGGAAGUAGAUGAAGUACAUAGUGCUGCUAAAAAGAGAUCAAAGCGAGCUACAAGGUUAAAUAAAUGCAAUGAAUCUGAACCAAAACAAGAUCGAAAAUCAACCCAAAAAGUACUUGAAAGUAGUGAGUCAACGGUCCAUCAAGGGGGUGGAGUGAAAAAUGAAGACGAGUUAGAGGAUGUAAAUGCGACCGAAGGGCCUAGAAAGAGAAUCACCCGUUCAAAGCGUCUGACUAAGAAAUUAUCUUGAGAAAGUUCCGUUUUGAAGGUGGUAAGUGCUUGGAAUCAUUUAUUUGGUGGUUUAGGCUUAAAAGAGUUCUACUGCAUAUAUGAAGCAACAAGUGGUUUUUUCCUCUCUUUUUAAUUAUUUUGACAGACUUGCUAAUGAUUAAGGAUGAUUGAUUUUGUGAUCAAUGGACAACUGAGUUAAGUGGUGUUGUACCAUCUCGAUUUUUAGACAUGCACAUGCAUUUGUCAGACUA